UUUCACUUCGGCUCUCAAAAUAUAUAUGCACAUAACAACCUGUCCAUUCUGAUAUACCCAUCAACAUACAUAAAGGGGAUUUAAACAGCUGACGAUAUCUCCUAAACCGAGCUUUAAGUACCGUUUUUAUAAUCUCCACUUGAUACUAAAAAUUAGUUACCGAUCAGUGCACGUGGUACAGUUUGAGUGUUUCGUUUUGUAUCGUUUACAAAGAGAUAAAUAUAUGUAUCAAAUAUGUGUUACGUUGUUUAUAAUAAUAUUUGCGGGUGCGUUUGCCGAGGGGCGCAGUUUUGAAGUUAGCUUCCAGGAAACCUAUCCAACACAUUUCCUCAGUUCCGAACAGGAAUCAAUUCUCUAUAAACGGGCGGCGGAUGUGCCUCAGUUUUUCGACCAAGCUAGCUUUAGUUUCGAUGGCCUAACGCGUGUGUCCUCCGUGCCGGUGCCCUUUCCCCUGGACAUUUGCAUCCUCCAACUGCCCAGGGUGAAGUAUGCUACAGCUCUGCAUAAAAAUGCGGAUGGAGUGCGACACUUUGCAGUUUAUGCAUGGCGUCCUGCUGAACAGGAUUAUCAACUGCUAGUGCAGAUGGCCGCACACAAAGCAGUGGCUCUGGAUUGCCUGGCCUACGCUGGACGUGGCUACGUAGCUGUGAGCUACAAUCUAUCGGAACCCGUCAGCCAGGCUCGUGAAGGAUCACCCAUCUAUGAGAUCUCCCCGGAAACGGGAAUACGGACUGUGCAGUAUUUUUCGGGAACACAACUGCGGGGAAUGUACCUGCGGAUCAGCAGUCAGGAGCUGACCCUUCUGCAGGCAUUCGAUUCGGGAGCAAAGUGUCCCUACUUCAAGUGGAUGGGCAGGAGUUUCCAGCGACUAGGAACAAUUCCCUGCAGCAAUGCUCGCCGACUAGAGGCCUUCGGCAUUGACUACACCGACUACGUGGCCGUGGCCAACUAUGCGGAUGCAGAAGGACGCACCGCCACACGCUCGGAAAUCUUCAGGUGGGAUGUCAAGUCGCAGAGAUUCACGCUUUUCCAGCGACUGCGCAGCAAUGGAGCCGUGGACGUGAAGUAUUUCAGUCUUCCCGUGAACGAGGUUAGCCGCAGGCACUUCCUCAUCCUGGGCAACACUAUUGGCGGAUCCGGUGCCGAAGUGGGCGAGGCAGACACUGUUAUCUAUGUCUUCGAAAAGGGCCAGUUUGUGCCCUAUCAGCGGUUGAGUUUCUAUGCAGUGGAACGGGUUCUCCCGGUUCAGCACUCCGUUUCUGAGAAAUUUCUUUUGCUGGUGGCCUGUAACAAGCAGGAUGUUAAGAUCUACAACCUCAACGACUGGAGAUUCGAGGAAUCCAAGGUACAGUUCACCGAUGGAGCCUUAAGUCGUGGAGUGGUCAGAAUGAGAAGUUAUGAGGAGGGCGAUCAGAGCUAUUUGGUGAUUGCCAAUGAGAACAUGGCAGCCAAUGAGACGAAUAUUUUCCAGCCGCUCUACAAACAGGAUCAACAUGCUAAUAUUCUUCGCCAGCAAAUAAUUGACUGGGCUCGGGAGCAAAGAAAGCGAUUGGAGCAGGUGAAUAUAGAGCAACUAUUGCAAAGACUGGAUGAAAAGCUAAAGAAACGUGAAGAAAAACUGCAAUGGUCAGUUAUUAAACAAGUGAAAGCCAAAUCGUUUGAGGAUAAGCACAUGAAGCUUACACCAAAUUAUUGGAAGGCUUUAAAACUAACCAAACAGGCUUUAGAUAUCCUGGAACACAAAGCAAUCUCAGCCAGCUCCAGACUUCCCAGAUCCGCUGACAAUCCGAAUGAGGACUACGACUUUGAGGAGGUUACGGUGGACACUCUGGUGGUGCUCGGAACCGUCCAAGCAGAUCGUAUCAAUAGCGUUGAUACAAAGAACCCCGUUUACGAGUCCGUGACUGCCAGUAAAGUUUAUGUCAGCAAGGAGUUCACCGAACCGGCAAGAAAACAUCAAAUACCACUUCUGGAGGAGCUGAAGGUGACAAAUCUAACAGUGGAGGGCAAGCUCAAUGGAAUCAAAUGGUUAGACCUUAUAAAUCAGACGCUUAAACGCAACGGCACAAAUGUGCAGUUUAUCAAGGCACCCGUCGAUUUGAAGCAUCUGCAAUCCGAAUCUGUGACGGUCAACAGUGAAGAGAUUAAUGAUCGCCACCUGGGGCAGCUCAUCCCUGUGGAUGGUGGCGAUUUCAUUGUCCAGCAGGAUGUCCAGUUCGCGCAGCCUAUCCAGGUGAAUGAGCUGAUUAUAAAUCAGAGGCUUAAUCACAUCCACGUUGAUCGUCAGCACUUUGAUGUAGUGCUCAAGCAGGCGAAUCAUACCCAGGUCAUUGAGGGUGCCAAGCGAUUCGAGAAUGUUCGCGUCCUGGAACCAAUUACCAUUGCGGGUCAAAUGACGGGCGCUCAACUGAGAGCCAUGUCGCCGGCAAAGGUAACCCACAAAUCGCUGACACUCCAGGGGGAUUUUGUUAUAGACGGCGAUGUCACCAUUGGACGGUUGUUGCAAAUGAGAGAUUUAGUGGAUGAGCCCACUCAACGAUCUGCAGCAGACAAGUUAACACGAGGCCUGCGACUGGAUCAACCUCUAGAGAAUGUGAAUCUAAACUUUCUUGAACCACUUAUUGCCAAUGAUACGGAUUUAAGCUUCCUCAACACCCAAGAUUUGCAAAAUCUGGUUAGACUGAAUGUGAGUGAAGUACAGUUGGUGCAGGGAAAUAAGGUAUUUCCCAAGAAUAUAGAGAUAAUUGAUGGCUUCGGUGAGGUCAAGUGGCUAAAUGGCAUUGAUACGGAGAGUCUUCCGGAAAUGCUGCUCACCAAGAGUGGAAAUCAAACUAUUUCGACUCCAAUUCAAUUGCAAGCUUUAGAAGUAGACGAAGUCAAUGCAUCCCAGAUAUUAUUGAAUGGCCGGGGAUUGGAGGAAUACCUUCAAGUUGGCAAGGAUCAGAAAUCGAAUGGAACGCUAUUUGUCGACCACUUGGAUGUUGAUGAGAUAAGUGUGGAAGAUCUGAACUUAAAUGGCCUCCUCUUUGGCCAACCACUGUCCUCCAUCUACGCACAUGGUAGCAAAUCCUUGGACAGCUGGCAUCUGCAGCCCGACUUUAAUGGCACCAUCAAUGCUCAGAACCUGUGGCUCAGUGGCAACAUAAACCAGGUGAAAGUGGGCCAAUUGGAGCAGCAGUUGCAGCAACUGGCGGGCAACAUCAAAUAUGUGGGUGACUUCAGCUUCGAGCACCAUGUGAACAUUAGUUCACUUAGCUUUACGAACUCCUUGAAUGGAAUUCCAGCCCAUCAAUUUGGUCGUUGUUGGCUCGAGUCCGAAGGAGACCAGAAUUUCACGGCUCCCCAGGAGCUGGCAUCGUUGGACAGCGACCAAGGCAUAUGGCUAAGUGGACAACUAAACAACCACACACUGGAGGAUCUGGUGACUCGUAGCUACAGACUUAAUUCAUCGGAGCACCUGCAAGCAGUGCGAUUUGAGAAUCCCAUUGUGUUGCAAUCGGAGCUUCAGUUGGGUCAAUUAAAUGGCCUACGCGUGCCGGAGGAUGUGAUUUACCAAACAGGUGGAGGUUACCUCACUGCUCCAGUUAGCAUAGAAGGUAACUUGGAGGCAGCAGACUUUUGCAACCUUACCAGCCUGAAUGGAUAUCCUCUAGAGGCAUUGGAAAAGUAUUUAAGUGGGCAUAACGUGGACACCUUUGUGGCGGAAAACGUGAAGUUUGAAGGGCCACCCUCAUACCACAUGUUGAAUGGUCAGGCUGUGAGCCAGCUGCUAGACCAGGUGUGGCUGGACAACGAGCAGAUUGAGUUACGAGGAUUAAAACUGGAUUCUGCACAAUUUGAAGGCCUGCUGGAGUUCGAAGGACCCAUUAAUGGGCACCAAGUGGACCACAUCAAACACAAUUAUUUUAGCCGGACGCGCAGCAAUCAAAUGAAAACUCCCCUGGGCUUCCAGCAUGACGUCACGUUCGCACAGCCUCCGAUGGCCAACUACGUGGAACUACGACGUGGCAAUGGUGAAACAUUAAUGGAAAUGGAGGGCACAGCCAGCAACUUCUCACUGGAUUUUGAUGAUUUUGUUGCCCACACUCUAAAAACAGCCGGAGUGCACACCAUUAGUGGAAAAUGGGAGCUGCCGGAAGCCUCAGUUUCGGGGAAUUUAAAUAAUGUCUUAAUAAAUCAGUUAAACCUAGCUGAUGAUGUAGUCAGAAUUCCCCAAAAUAAUGACAGUAGCAAUCCUUCACUAACUAUUGAGGCAUUGAAAAUCGUUAAGAGCGCCACUAUAAAUCGACUGACUAUUACACCCGAAAGUCAAGUGGCGGAGGUUCCAAUGUCCAAGUGGAUCAAUGAAGCAGCCUAUCUCUACGGAAAUCAUAGCAUUGCUGGCACUACCCUCCUGGAUAACGUAAAUCUCUUCAAUGAUCUCAGCGUUAAGGGGCCAGUUAAUGGCAUCCUCUGGCAGCCGGAUACUCUUCUUUUACGCGACAAAGAUCAGGAUGUACAGGGGUCUCUGCUCGUGGCCAACAGUCUGCCCGAGCAGCAGCGAAUCUUAAGCACCAAUGUGGAGAAUCUCUGGGUGGACUCUGUCAAUGGCCUGCCGAUAAACGAGCUGCUGGUUAACAAGGCACAAAACCGCCAAAACCUUCACGUUGAGAGCCAAUUGAUCUUCACCCAACCACUUACCGUGGGUCACUACGAAGUGGGCAAUGGAAAUGUCCUCCUUGAUAAUGAUUACAAAAGAAAACGGGGCGUCAACAGGAAUGCCAUUGAGAACUGGGAUCAGCUUCAGAAAAAUAUAGAUGCUGUAAAAAACAGAUUGGGCAAGCCACCAAAAGUGCUUGAGAACUUUGUCCUGCUUCAGAAGCUGCCUCAUAAGGCCUCACGCAUGAAGAUUAUCUCCUUGGCUAACGAUGAUGUACUGACUAUUUGGGAGCAGGAAUCCAACGAAACAGUCAUUUACAUUUGGCACCCGGAUAAACAGCUAUUCACGCUUAAUUCAACACUGACACAGCUCAAUAAGCAAAUAUUGGAUCAAUUUCCUGAAGAUGCAGACACCAAACAGCAAAUGGAGUUUGCGCUACUCGGGUUUCAGUGCCGGGGAUUACAAGAAGCUAACCAGAUAGUAAUUAAAUGCAGCGACAAGCAGAACAACAGCAGGGAGGCAAUCGUAACCAGAAGGGAUGCAAAACAGUUGCUCUUAGUGGCCGAUACAGAGGACAUGCCCAUUUUGCUGAAGACUUCCAGAGCUGUGGAGCUUUGGAAAUGGAGCAAUGGCAAUUACUCCCUGGUCAGUAGCCUGAUGGAUGGGCUGGUGGAGCAAAUAGCGCUGAUCCAACGAGAAGCCGGCAUGGAGAGCGGUUAUGUGGCACUCUUGGUUUCAUCGCCGGCAGCAGAGAUUCGGAUUUACAGCUUCAACAGCACAGACUCUAGCGACUUCCAUCUGGACCAAGUCUUGAGGCUCCAGGACUCUCAUCAGCCGCGACAUAUGCUCUUCAUGCAUCUGCUAGAAUCGGACGAUUUGCUGCUGUGUGUGUCCAAUGUUCUGCCACAUCAACCGCUCACCAUAUACCAGCAUCGCGGGGCAGCGGGAUUCCAGCAAAUCCUCGGCGACAGUGCCCUGCCUGAAGGCCGUGCCUUGGAAGUGUUCCUACUGCCCAGCCAGAAGCUCCGCCUCCUGUCCAUGGCCACGGAGGAGGCCAUCUACUUGGUGCAGCCACAGUUUACCACACUUUAAGUCACUUUUGUUUUGUUUUUUUCUAAAUAAAAAUUACUUUUUAUUAACCGUA